UUUACCAAAUUUGCAUAGAUUAACAACAUCAUCCCGUCGCGACGCGACACGUAGUUGGUCUAAGUUAUUAGAAGAACAUAUUUUUGUUAUUGAGUGUUGUGAAAGUUUAUUUAAUAACAUACAAAUUCAGUGAGUUAUUUCCCGGGGGAAACGCCAUAACACUUCUUACGGUUCAUUAAAAAUUUGUACGCUGGAGCUGUUAUACAGGAAGAGCUCAGAGACCGGUUGAUAAAUCCCCUCUGAAAAAGUCGAAGAAAAAGGGGAAAAAACCCAUUUAGCCGAGACCGCCACCAAUAUAAUUAUUUCAUCAAAAAGAUGUCGCCGCCGUCGUUGGCGCGGUUCAUCCUGGUCGUAUUGACCGCCGUGACAAUGAUGCUUGUACGGCAAACAUCAUGUUACAAAUACCACUACCACGCCGCCAAGCUCCGAGAUUUUACGGCCAAAGCCAACAAGAUACUGGCCGCGCCUCCGCCGUCUCCCGCCGUCCGUCCUCCUCCGAGGGUUGGCGGAGUGUUUUACCCGAUCGGGUACGGAGCAGAUCCCACGGGUCACAACGACAGCGCCGACGCGAUACUGAGCGCGUUGAACGACGCGUUCGAGCAACUGAGCGAUCCGAGCCAGGAAUUGAUGCCUGGAAUCAAGGACCUGGGCGGCGCCGUCAUCGACCUCCAAGGUGGCAAGUACAAGAUCGGCAAGCCCAUCUCCUUCCCACCUGUCGGCGGCGGCGACAUCCUCAUAAAAGAAGGGAGUUUGCGAGCGGCGGAGGGUUUCCCAUCGGACCGUUUCCUGGUGGAGUUACUGUUCCCGCAAUCGGAGAUCCUGAUAUACAAAACGGAGAACGUGUCGUUGUUGCAGGGCACCACGAUCUUCUACGAGGACAUAACGUUCAGUGACCUCUUGUUCGACUCCGGCCACAGCGGAGGCGGCCUGCUGGUGGUGGACACCGCCAGGGUUCGGAUCCUCAACUCCUACUUCUUCAACUUCACGACACAGGGGAUUUUGGUGCAGGGCGGCCACGAGACCUUCAUCCAGACCUGCUUCGUUGGGCAGCAGCACCCCACCGUGGGGCGCGACAAGAACGAAAGGUACUACUCGGGCACGGGAAUCGACCUGGCGAGCAAUGACAACGUGAUCACCGACACGGUGAUCUUCUCGGUGCAGGUCGGGCUCCUGGUGAGGGGCCAGGCCAACGUCAUCACGGGGCUCCACACCUACAACAACAACAAGUCGUGGCACUCCGCCGCCGCCGGCGUCCUGCUGAAGUCGGACGCGAGCUACAACCGGAUCACGGCCUCCUUCUUCGACGGCAACAACAACCAGGUGGUGGUGGAGGACCCUUACUUCGUCUACAUCACGGGGAACUUCUUCUUCGGGCACGCCAACGUGGUUCUGAAGCCGGUGAAGAGAGACGGUGGAGCCGUCGCGCUUGUCGUCGUCGACAACUACUUCGUCGGGUUCGCCGGUGCGCCCAUGGUGGAGCUCCAGGGGAAGUUCACGACGGUCCACGACGUGGUUGUGGACCAGAACCAGGGGAAGUACCUGACCGUACAGUCCACGGCGGCGAAGGUGACGGUGGCAGGGAGAGGAACGCAGUGGGUUGCUGAUUUUAGCAAGAAGUUGGUCUUUCCUAACAAGAUCGACCAUUUUCAGUACUCGUUCUUGGUGAAGCAGCAGCCGGCGGAAGGGUGGGGCGGGCCUAGGUUUCCGAUCCACGCGGCGACGAACGUGUCGGGGAAUGUGGUGGUGGUGGAGAGCGAGGACGUGGUGGACGCCGUCGUUUCGGUGGCGGUGGAUCAGUUCAACCCCAUUGGAGAGGGUACUUUUGCAUUCCACGGCAACGGUGAAGGAUAUAAGGUUCUGAGUAAGGUCGUGUAGAAAUGAAACACGAGAGGGUUGUAUAGCUUCCACAUUCAAUCAAGAUUGGAGCUAAGAAUUUUCCAUUGAGAAAAGAAAACAAUGUAACGGUGACAAAGAAUUAAGAACAGAAAACAAUGUUUUUUUUUUCCUGGAAAAAGACUGAGCUUUGAUUCUUCCUUUAUAGUACUAGAGGUUCUACGGUCUAACAAAUUAAUCAAAUUGCC